AUGCUGGAUAUCUUAUCACCUCCUUCAAGCAAUUAGCCAUAUAUAGAAAUUGUGUUUUUGCUUUCAAUUGAUAAAAAUUCAAAUUUUGUGUUUUUGCUUUCAGUUGAUAAAAAUGGGCACCCACUUCAUCCUUGUAGCCACAGCCAUCAUGGCCUUGGCUUUUACACUUGCCUCUGCUUCUGACCCAAGUCAACUACAGGACUUUUGUGUUGCUGUCAAAGACUCCAAAUCUGCUGUUUUCGUAAAUGGCAAGUUCUGCAAUGACCCAAAGCUCGCCACAGCCAAUGACUUUUUCUUCUCUGGCCUCCUCACUCCACGAAACACAUCUAAUCUAGUUGGAUCGACAGUCACUCCCGUAAAUGUCAUGCAAAUACCAAGCCUUAAUACUCUUGGCAUCUCCUUAGCUCGCAUCGACUUUGCACCUUAUGGCCUCAACCCACCCCACACACACCCUCGCGGAACUGAGAUCCUUGUGGUCUUGGAGGGUACUCUCUAUGUCGGCUUCGUGACCUCCAACCCUGACAACCGUCUCUUCACAAAGGUCUUGUACCCAGGAGAUGUUUUUGUGUUCCCACAAGGUCUCAUUCACUUCCAGUUUAAUCAGGGAAAGACUAAUGCAGUAGCUCUUGCUGGCUUGAGCAGCCAAAAUCCCGGUGUCAUUACCAUUGCUAACGCAGUGUUUGGGUCAAAUCCAAAAAUUUCUGAUGAUCUUCUUGCUAAGGCAUUCCAAGUGGACAAGAAGGUGGUAGACCAUCUUCAAGCUCAAUUCUGGUGGCCCAACAACUAGAGAAAUAAACAAAAAGAAAGUACCCAUGCACUGUCUUGCUAAUCUGAAUCAGGUAGAGGAGUUGCUGGGGUGUGAUGCUGCUCAUGCACUGUCUUGCUAAUGCUAUAGUUUGUUCUGCUGGUUUGGUUGUUAAUGUUAGUGUGUGCUUCUGCUCUGCUGCUGUUCUGCUCUGCACUGUCUUGCAAAUCUGAAUCAGGUAGAGGAGUUGCUGGGGUGUGCUGCUGCUCAUGCACUGUCUUGCUGCUGCUAUAGUUUGUUCUGCUGGGUGUAUUAAUGUUAUGUCUUUUUUUCUGUUCUUUUUUUGGGUGCUUUUGAUUGGUUCCUCACCAAUCUUGGGUGUUGAUGUUUGUUUUGCAUGUAUUGUGCCCUUUUAAUCAAUAAAGUCUUUGUUUGCUGAUAAAAAAAAAAA